AUGCGAAAGGCCAAAACCCUGGGCAUUGCUGCCCCGACCAUCAAGAGGAUUGUUCGUCAAGGACGCGGAUUCGAGGUUAUUCAGACGCGCAUCCACGGCCAUGACCUCAUGGCGAUCUGGGAUAGUAUCGAGUUACUGUCGACAGUGCGGCUCGCCUUUCAGCUCCGGGGUAUGGUACGCCAAAUGCAAACCGUAACUAGGCCCACGGCCGGGUCGCUGGGUAUGGGAAUCUGCCGCUCAUUCUGGAUCGACAACGACGUAUAUGGCAUUCCGCCGCACGCUUCACCAACCACCAUAUCCUCCAUCGUCAACUUCUGGCACAACCUCGUCUCUUUCCGCCGAGAAGACUGGUGGGUAAGCAAGGGCCCCGUUCAGGGCUUCCUCGCUUUUGGAGAUGCCGGCGCCCGGGAGGAUUUGGGUGCCCGGCUUGGCUUAUUUAAAGCGAACCUUGAAUCGGGUCAGCCGUGCCUGUCCGGCGUGUCUAGGGUCCGCCAGCCCGGCUGGGUGUUAUCCGGCGGAUUGGGCGCGGGAAUGCGAGUGGUGCGGAUGCCUUUGAUUCUUCCAUGGAACUCCGUCUUUCCCCCUCUAGCUCCUCGAGGUGACAUUUAUGCCGGUCCGUGGGGAAGCCCCAGCACUGCAGCCGUUGCCGAUCCGGCUAAUACCACUCUCGAUCCAAGGAACGCGGGUCUCCGUGGUGGAUGCGGUGGAGAAAGCACGGCUGCCUUGUCCGUUGCUUGCCAGUCACCCCGCUCCCGCGGCAUCUCGUCCCGAGCCGGGAACUGA